CACACUUACACGCACACACUUACACACACAAACACACAGCAGGGUCCCACCACAGGCUGUGUCGGAUCGGAGUCUCUUCACCGCCUUCCACACACCGGCCUGCGGGACGCGUCGCACUCUCCGCCCGGGAUGGAGAGAGACGCCUCGGAACCACCGGAGCCGUCCCGCCAGCGGAACGGGCCGGUGGGCUCGCUGUACGGGGAGUUCACCGACACGCUCAACGACCGGCUCCGGUACUCGGUGAGCCUGACGGAGGGCGCCCUGACCAUCCAGCGGAUCUCCUCGUCGCCCGGCCGGACCAAGGUGGUUUUUAACUUGACCGACUGCAUCGGGUGCCGGGCGUACCGAGGGCCGGACGGCGCGGACGUCGGCGCCUACUUCACCGCCUGUUUCUACCCGUUCAAGCGGCGCUGGAUGAGCGCCGGCGUGGCCCGGCAGAGAGUGGAGCAGUGCUUUCGGGUCGCGUUGGUCCAGGACCCGCUCGCCAACCUCCAGGAGGCGGAGAGGUGGGCUGAUGCCAUCAGGGACGCGUCCGGGCUGCGGGCGCCCCGGAGAGACGGUGUGACGUACAUGGAGGUGCGGCGGCCCUGCAGAGUCAUGGUACUCGUGAACCCUCACUGCGGGCGCGGCCAGGCUCUGCAGCUCUUCACUGGUCACGUGGAGGGGAUGCUCACCGAGGCCGCUGUGCCCUACACACUCAUCAUCACAGAGCACCAGAACCAUGCCCGGGAGCUGGUGAGGAAGGCGGACCUGUCACAGUGGGAUGCCCUGGUCAUCAUGUCUGGAGAUGGACUGCUGUUUGAGGUGAUAAAUGGUCUGAUGGAACGAGAGGACUGGCAAGAGGCCAUCCAGACCCCUCUGGGUAUUCUACCAGGUGGCUCAGGCAACGCCCUGGCGGCCUCCGUCCACCACUACUCACAGUCGCCUCCAGCUUGGAACGAAGAACUACUAUUGAGCUGUGGCUUCAUGUUGUGCAAAGGUCUGGUCGGCUCCUUAGACCUGGUGUCGAUCCACUUGGCCUCUCGCCAGCGCCUCUUCUCCUUUCUCUCCCUGGCCUGGGGCUUCGUGGCAGAUGUUGACAUCGAGAGCGAGAAGUACCGCCAUGUGGGAGCCAUCCGCUUCCUGAUGGGCACACUGGUGCGUCUGGCCUCCCUCAGAGUCUAUCAGGGCAAGUUGGCGUAUCUGCCCGUUAAGGAGGCGCCAGCACUUCCAAAAGGGAGCAUAAAGGCGAGCCACCCUCCCUCCACACCUCAGCACCCCUCGCUCUGCUCCUCCCUUCCCUGUCGGCUCAUCCCCAACCCCUCUCCAAAUCAGAACGCUCAUCACAACCACAACACCACAAACUGCAACCACAACACCAUCUCCAACUCCCCCAAUAAUGCUAUCACCUCCAAGAGAACUGAGAUGAAGAGUGAUGGCAAGACCGUGGUACUGGUGGACUCUCUUCUUCCUGGUCUGGAGCAGCCGGUCCCAGAGAGCUGGACAGUGGUCAAGGAGGAGGACUUUGUCUUGGUACUGGCUAUUUACCAGUCCCACCUCGCUGAGGACCUGUGGACAGCCCCUGGCGCGAUGGCGGAUGACGGGCUGAUUCAUCUGUUCUACGUGACAGCAGGAAUCUCACGUCCCGCCCUGCUGCGCCUUUUCCUCGCCAUGGAGAAGGGCGCCCACUUGGCGUGCGGCUGCCCCCACCUGGUGUAUGAGAAGGUGAAGGCCCUGCGGCUGGAGCCCAUCACUCCGCAGGGCGUGAUCACUGUGGACGGAGAGAUGGUGGAGUACGGGCCUGUUCAGGCUCAAAUCCACCCAGGACUGGCCAGACUCAUAUGUGGAUGAAACUGGAUUAUCUUAAUCUUUCUUCUGGGUGUAGAGCUUUUUCUAGUUUUGGCCUUUUUAUAUUCAGUGCUGAUUCCUUUCCGUAUGCUGUGUUUUCAGAAGUGCCAAAGACAUUUGAACAGCCUCUGGAAAUUCCUCUAUUUUUCUAUUGAAGCAACUUGUGCUCGCCAUGUUAGAUUCAGGGUUCAAGCCAUGGAUGGUGGUUCUUGCUGCUGGCUGGUACCAGUUUAGAGAAAGAGAGAGGGACUGUGUGUGUGUGUGUGCGCGUGUGUGCACGAGAGAGAUCUUUACGUUUGUGUGUGAACCGUAGUGUGUGUACUGCAUUGUUCAUGCUGCUGUCCAACCUCAUAAGCAUGCCACACAUGAAUUGUAGCACAUUUUCCUGUCCUGGGAUGCUCCUGGAGAAACCACGCCCCCUGUCCCACUGUACUACACCAGGCCGCCAAUCUCCCUCCUGGGCUCUAACAGCAUCACCUCCCCCUAAGCUUGGUAAAGAGGAGCUUUCUUUCUGAGGAGAUAUAAAUCCCCGGGGGAUUUAAUGUUGACAUAUCUUUAAUCUUUGCAUAGUAUUUAUUAAAAAAAAGCAACAACAAAAAAACACAAUAGCAGAUCUAGUCAAAGUAAGAAUUAGCACCCGAUUCAUUCUGCGUGUACAAACUUCCUCCAGCUUCUAAUGCAUGAAGUGCUGUGGAGGCAGACAGAGACCCGGCCAGCCGAGCUUACACCUCCACCAACGCCCGAUCCAUUUCCUGCCGUGUCGGCUCUCUUACCCCGGUUGAUCUGCAACCAUCAUCAAACUGUAGGAACUGCCUGCACUCGCACACAAACACACACUCACCUUCUUAUCCACCAUCCCCCCCUCCUCUUAUGCACAGAUCCUCACACACACACACAUACACUCAUUCCCUUACAUCUCUGCAGCACUUAGUUAGGGGGGAGGGGUCUGGUCUGCCUGUGUGCAGAUGAUCCCCUCUCCUCCUCCUGAGAUUGUACUCUCCCUCGGUUAAUGAGCUAUCAGCACCUAAUGUGUCCUUAAUAUUAAGCUAUAAAUCUGCUGAUGAGAGUUGGAGAAGUGUUUAGUUUGUCUUCAUACGAAAGCUUUAAAGUGAGUUUCAAAGAAGUGUAGAGAGCGGGGGGUUCCACACCUGCCUUGUAUAUUGAGGGGCGUGACAUCGAUGUGAGCUGGAGGGAGUCAAGCGUUCUCCAUCGCCGUGUGGCCUUCUCGCUGGCGGUUGAUGGUGCGGUGAUGAGCAUUAGUGCACUGGAGCAGAGGAGAGUGCAAAUGUUAGAAUUAUCAUCCGUGGCCCCCUCCAAUUUCUCCCUCACACGCACACGCACACACACACACAACAGUUUAUUACAGGCCGCACCAGGACUGUUACACCCGCAAGUGAUGCAUAAGCUGAAAAUCAUCACCUUUUAGAGAGUGGGCCGUCUUCCCUCAUCUUAAAAAACAGAUCAUAUUCAUUGAGCUGAAUUUCACUCAGUAGAGCACAUACCUCCACCAAGGCCCAACAGUCCCCUUGAAUUAAAACUAACCUUAAAACUAACCUUAAAACAAAGGUCACAUUACUCAGCUACACAUCGGUGCUACUUCCAGGUUUUAUUUGUUACCACACAGCAGGUAAAAAUAGCCUCCACCACCAAUGAAACCCGUCAGAAGUCCGAUUUUUUGGGGACCUGCACCAAUAUUGCAUGGAUCAAUACCAAGCCCCUAAAUAUCUCUGAAUUUACAAAAAUGUUUAGAAAUACUCGCAAAGUUAAAGAAAAUGAAAAGAAAGAAAUUCUGUAUCUGCCCCCUGAUCCAGAUCUACACCAAAAUAUAACAGUCGAUAUUCUGAUGAAAACAUAACAUUCUGGGUGGAGGUAAUUAUAAAAAUUAAUGUCAACAGGGUGAAGGAGAUCAAAUUGUCAUAUUGUCUGAAUGCUGAUGCAUCGUUUAAAAACUCAAUCACCUCUAAUGCUGAAAGUGAAAAGCAGAACAUCGACAGGCUGAUGGGUUUCAGAGAAACACUGAUCAUCAGCUUUCCAUUACUAUCAAGUCAAUUCAAUGACGGACUGUUUUCCUGUUGUGUUUCCUGAAGCUCGCGAGGGAAUCAUGAGUGAUUGGCUUCCACUGAAAGAAGCAUUGCAUUUAUAUUUAUACAUAUAUAUAGUUUCUUUAGGGUCUGUGUUAAAAUGAUUGGGGCUAUGAUUGGGGGCUGAACCUUGUGCUCCACUUUGAACCCUCCCUUUGAUUUCUGUUUGGUUAAAUGGAGACAGUGUUCGGGUUGGGCAAUCAAAACUCAAAUGUUUCCAACAAUAAAAGAAUAAAACAUGACUGAAAUAUAUAUUUUAGGACUUCAUGUGCAAGACAGUUGUGCAUGAAUAAUACAAGAUCUGCACUGCCGGGCUGUUUUCUUUAUGCACAUUGGAAGAAACGCAGGUUACACAUCUGGACGAUCAGACCCAGAUGUGUCAACCGAGUAGAGAAGAGACGUCCGCUCUAAUUAUCAGGUUAAAAAGAGACGGAGCAGAAACAACAAUUCGUCUCCUGCUCUUCAGACUGUUGCAAGCCACAAUUAGCUAUCGCAGCUAACCAGUAGUAGACUGCAAAUAAAGAUGGAGGACAAGUCAGCUCCCAAAAGUGAAGCCAAAGCGUUUUGAGAUCCACCUGGUGGCUGGGUGCAGUAUAGGUCAUAAACCCCAACUUCCUCCAUGUUCCUAUUUGGGAUAUUUUAGCUUCUGGCUGGUGGGAGGAGGUGGAGACGCGUCGUCCAUCUUUGUACACGGUCUCUGGUUGACCUAAAGAAAACCCUGAUACCAAAAGACAAUCCUCCACAUUUGCACGAUUGUGACUUGUGGCGCACAGCAAAGUCCUCUUCAGUGCAACAAUAGGUUUUAUUUGAUUGCAAAUUACAACAUUUUACAGUAAAUGUCACUAGAGGAGCAACUACAGAAUCAUAAAUCGGGAGGAGAAAAAGUUAAAACUCUCUUUUUAGAAAACUCUUCCCACGAGUUUUGAUUCCGUCCCUUAACAAACUGUGACGUACUUGAAGUUGACCCGAGUCUACAUCUGUACAAAUGUCGGUUAUCAUUUUCACCGCAGUGCCGUUUAUUGCCGAUUACUAGAUUUUUUUUUACAUCCCGGUUCUGUCAUUUACAUACAUACUGUACGGUUGUCAUGGCGACGACUUGACGUGCAACACGCUGUACCUCUAACCAUUACUGUGUCCUCAGUGGAGUUAACCAGGUGCUUCCAGUGCAUUAUCAUGUCCUGCGGGAUGCACUCAUGCCCACGUGCACUGUUAAACGUAUAAAGCACAUGUCAUGGGGUUGGUUGGGAGGGGGGGGGGAGUUAUGCAAAUGCCCUGUCAUGGUUGCAGGAUAAUCUGGAGUGAGGGCUCCCUCUGCUGGACCGCUCACUGUACAAUGUGGAAUCUGUAUGAGUAACAGUGCAUCCUCCGCAAACAGCCUCAUCUUUCCUGCUUUUCAUACGAGCGCAUUGUAAUUGAUUACAAGAGGAAUUGACUUACACAGCUGCAAAGUAUAAUUCAUGUCAAUGUUAGUGUAGGAAACACUACUGUUGAGUUAAUGGUACGAUACUGUUAAAUUGUUGUAUUCCAAUGGCUGCUUUAAUGUAAUCCCCCCCUUUUUUAAACAAGUUGUGUUAAAGACUACGAACGAAAACAAAACCGACGACGUUCUCAGGCUCCUCUGAGAAUCUGAAUCAGUUAUUCUCUCUGUACCAUGUACACUGUAAAAUCUCUGUAAUCCACCUGAUGUAAUACUAGGAUCUGCAGACAGGUGAUGAGUGUCAUUGUUUUCCAUUGUGUUGUUAUGUGGUGAUAUAAAGCAGCAUACAGUCGAUCGGGGGGGCUUCAUGUAGUAUCACUGAAUGUGUUGUACCCUCCGCGUUAGUGACAAAACAAAUAGUGUUAAUCGUCUUCUCGGCGUUUUUCACUUUGCAGUAAGUUGAAUAAGGGAAAGUAGCUUCUCUAGAAAGUGCCUUAGCCAGUACCCAAGAUAGCAGAUAGGUGGCGCACUGCGAAAUAAUAAAAACAGAAAAACAUAGAUCUGCACAGGGUACGAUACAGACACUGUUCUCUAUUUUAUAGAUUCUGUAGAUCUGUGAAGUUCCAUGAAGAGACUGACCUGGAUUUAAAGGUUUAACGCUCAUAUACGGUUGUUACUAUACUCAUUGGACUGGAUGUUGAUCACCAGGUAUUAAGCAUCUCAUUUUAUUUUAUUGUAAUGCCUCCUUUUUUAAAGCCCAAUAAAUGAAUUCAUAUAGAAAA